AUGCCAUGCUUCAACCUCGUCUACAUCCCCGGUACACUCCUCCCUCGACGUGAAAAAAAAAGCGGAAGACGACAUGUUAACAACUCUCAAUCUUCAAGUUCAUUUGGAUCAUUGAAACACGUCGACGACAAAGUGCGGAAAUUGCUACUUCAGCCAAAUGAUAUCGGCAAAUGUCAAGAAAAUCCUCUUACUCAUCAAGGUAAACGGAUUCAGUUAACUAAAAUUGUUUUGAUUACACUAGUGCCGAUUAUAUCAUUGGCGGUUCUGGCAGCUCUUGACUUGCAAGGUAUAAUGUCUGGUAACGCUGUCGACAUUCAAGUACGCAUUGUCAUCCGCUUCAGUCGGGACAUUGGUGUACUACUCAGCCGUUUGCAGCGUGAACGAGAUAUGACAGCUCUCUACAUCAGCGUCAUCGGCCCAGAGAACACGGCAUAUCUGACCAAAACGUACCCCUUAACGGAUAGCACGCUUGACGAACUCCAGUUGUGGCCUGUGAAAAAUAAUAUUUUGAAAGCCGUGCCGUUCUUCAGAAAGAAAGAAGAUUGCCGCAAACACCUUUCGAAACAUCGUUCAUCAAUCGAUAAAUCAAACGCAACAGUUUAUGAUGAGAUACGAUGCUAUCCCAUUGGCAAUUCGAAAAGAACGGGUUUUUGGCAAAUUCUGGUCGCCUACCAACUCCUCAUCGAAGGCAACAUCGACACUGGCGCCGAGCGCACACUUGGUGCGGUCUUUUUCUCUCGUGGUUGGUUUGACCCCAUCGAAGACUACAUAUGGUAUUUAGAGAAGUACAACCUUGGAAGAACCAACUUUCAGGUGUCCAAGAAGUACACGCCGCUGGUCGAGAGUUUGUAUACAGAACAGGUACACGAUAUCACUGGCAGCUUUGCCGACACAAUUGACUACAUGCGUCAAAUAAUCUUAAACGAUGAAGGAAGUCAACAGCCGAACUUUGAAGAUGCGGCUCUUUGGUUCGAUAGCAUGACGGUUUACAUUGAUAUCUUAGCAGAUGUGCAAACAAACAUGGCCGACGAAAUACUGAUUAAACUCGACGACGAACUGAAGAGUGAUAAAAAUUCUAUCGCAGUAAGCAUAUUUUUAGUGGUAGUAGUUAUAAUUAUGUGUCCACUGACACUUCGUGCUAUAUGGAGACUGACGGCUGACAUUCAGAACUAUGCCCUGACUGUAGCAUCGCAGACUAAAGCCCUGAAUGCAGAAAAGAAACGCUCUAAACGACUACUUCAUUCCAUGUUACCAACGAAUAUAGCAGAGCAAUUGAUGAAUCGCCGAGCUGUAGGGGCCCAGUACCACGACAAAGCAACUGUCUUGUUUUCUGAUAUCGUUAACUUCGACCGUAUUUGCAGUGAUAGUAAUCCAAUGCAAGUGGUUGAGUAUCUAUACCUUGUUCGAUUCGCGUUACAUGCUAGCUUCAGUGCAUAUGACAUUGUUUCAGUUCCUGGAUUACCUACCAAUGAUGACAGUAACCGUCCUGUUGCUGAAAUGGCCACUGCUGCACUGGAUCUGCUGUAUCACAUCAAUUUCUUGGAAAUUCCCCAUAAACCCAGAACCAAGAUCAAAGUGAGAAUUGGAAUGCACACAGGGCCCGUAGUAGCAGGUGUGGUUGGCCUAAAAAUGCCACGAUAUUGUCUGUUUGGAGACACCGUUAAUACGGCCUCCAGGAUGCAAUCACAUAGUCUACCAAGCCGUGUUCAUAUUAGCUUCGAGUGUCGUCUAGCCUUAUUGGAAUACGGUGGUUACACAAUGUUUGACAGGGGCGAUAUUGAGAUAAAGGGCAAGGGGAUCAUGAAUACAUUUUGGUUGACUGGAAAAGAGAAUUUCAACAUACAUUACACUCCUAAUAUACAUGACACGAGUAACAAAACGCCUCUAUGGCGUCGUAAAUACGACAUUUAG